AGCGACCAGUGGGUUUUUCUCUUGCCUCUGACAAAACAUGAAUUGUGUCACACGGAGAUGCCUACAAAGGCAAAAGGAAUUCAUCCUCGAUGGUGUGGCCGUAGACACUAUAGCAAGCAGCUACACCAACCUCCUACCCAGGCUGUGGUCUGCCUUGCCUCCUUAUAAUGCUCAGCUGGACAUCCAUGCGGCCAGCUACUUCUCAUCCCCGGUGGUCAAAUCCGUGCUGAAAAGGACAGAACAGACCCGCGGAGGUACCUCGAGGGAUGGCUGGAUAGUAGAUUAUUUUCAUAUCUAUGGGCCAGGACAGAGGUACUUGAACAGGAGAAAUUGGGCAGGAGCAGGUCAUUCUCCGCAGCAAGUGGCUGGCCACUAUUGGCACUUGAUGGACGUGAAACCGGUGAAAGGGUACAAUGGGCGUUACGGCUACCGCCGCAACACCCCUGAUCUCCGCACCCGUUCCUCUUGCUUUGGCGAAGUCACAUGUUUCCCCAUCCAUUGAAGCAUAGCAUACGAUUUCUUCACUGCCUUCCUCUAAUCACACUCUCCGUU